UAGUAUUAAUAGAAUUGGUAGCUUUAACAAUAAUAAAGAAUUGAUACCUAAUAAUAAUUUAAUUGCAACAGCACUUGAUACAUUUUUUCAAACAUAUGACUCACGAAAAGUGACAUUACUGGAUUUUUUCACUUGGCACAUAAUAAAUCAAAUUGCAUUACCACUAGAAACCAGGAAAUUGGAAGAAGGCUAUUUUAAAAAUAAGCUGAUAAAUAUUAUUCAUGAUGAAGAAUGGUCACUAGGAGAAGGAGAAUUAUAUAAUGUGUUAAAAGAGCAGGAGUUGGGGGUUGAAGGUUUUUUUGAAACAUGGAAAAGAAAUCCAUUUGAAUUUAUAAAUUUCUGUAAUUAUAAAAUUAAAAUAUUAGAAGAAAAAAAACAAUUAUCAAGACUUUUAGGAAUGAUUUUCUCAAAAACUAUCAAUUGGGAAAAGUUAAAAUCUCUAGAUUAUGAUGAUCCUGUUCUGUCAUUCAUUGUUGACCUUACACAUCCAAGAAAUGGGCUCCAUGAGACUUUGCCACAACCAGUGUACAUGACAAUAUCAAGUGUUCCAGACUCAUAUACUUGUGUUUUGGACAAUGAUUUCAAAGCUUUAGUUAAGAGUUUUUUGUCAGACCAGGAAAGAUGGGAAUAUGAUGACUUUGGUCAUAUUGAUAAUAAUUGCAAAGAAUUGCCUUACUAUUUUUUUGUCAGAGACCUGUGCAGACAUCUGGGUGAGUUGGAAUCUCAAGCAUCAAGAUUUCGAAAGCAUAUUUAUGGAAGAAAGCCUGAUUUUUGGGUUCCUAUGAUGAUAAUUGAUACCAUACAUGAAUUUGUUUUUGAAGAAACAUCAAGUGGACCAUUUGUUGUUGAUGACAAGAAAUAUAUAGAAGAUUUAUGGAAAUUAUUUCGUUUUGGUCAUGAUUCUAAAAUAAUUCUUGCAACCUCAACAAUCAAUGAAGUUUGUGGUAUUGUAUCAGAAAAAUGUCAACAGCCUGUACAAUAUGUAACUCAGUCCCAACAUUUUCCAAUAAGUGAAUAUGCAACAUAUGAUACUCCAUAA